CAUGGCAGUGUUCUUAAAAAAAUGGUAGCAUGAGUAUAUUGCAGAGCUCUUUUUCUAGCAUGGUCAAGAACAUUCAAUAACAAAAGAAACUGAGAAUGGAUGAUGAUGAUAAAGAUGGAGCAAAGCCAUUUUCUCCCCAGAAACCUCCAAGCUGACACAAUUAAUAUGAAGUGGAGCAGACAUUACUUAGAAGAAGACAGGAUGCUGUCCUCGUAAUUUGCCUUAUCCAUGACUGCAAAAUGGAUUCUUUUCACAAUGUUGCAGAAAAUCUUGAAGUUACACAGACUGAAUCCUGCAAAGAUUUCAAAGUUACAAAAGCAUUGGAGGAAGAGAAUUUGAGCUCCCCUAUUCAGAAUUCAAACUUGAAACAGCUUAUCAAUGACAACUUGAACAGUGAGACAGACUUCUCCAAGUAUUCCAAAGCAUGUCGUGACAGCAUUAUGACUGAGCCAAUGAUAAUGGAAGAAGGGGAUCAGAGGGUGUUUAUAAAUAUAGCAGGCCUCAGAUAUGAGACACAUCUCAAAACACUCAGUGAGUUCCCUGAUACUCUUCUUGGUGAUCCACAAAAAAGAAUUCAUUAUUUUGAUUCCAUGAGGAAUGAAUACUUUUUUGAUAGAAAUCGCCCAAGUUUUGAUGGGAUUCUAUAUUACUACCAAUCUGGUGGAAAAAUAAGGCGUCCAGCCAACGUCCCCAUAGAUGUCUUUGCAGAUGAGAUUAUUUUUUAUGAGCUUGGCAAUGAAGCUUUGGAUCAGUUUCGUGAUGAUGAAGGUUUUCUGAAAGAUCCAGAAAUACCUUUACCUACAAAUGAUUAUCAUAGACAAUUCUGGUUGCUCUUUGAAUAUCCUGAAAGCUCAAGUGCUGCAAGAGGCAUGGCUCUCGUAUCUGUUUUGGUGAUUGUCAUCUCCAUACUUAUCUUCUGCAUGGAAACACUGCCAGAAUUCCGAGAAGACAGAGACUUUCAGAUCUUCAGAGGCACAGGCAAUUCCACUGAAUACCUAGCCUACUUUAGCACCUUCACAGAUCCAUUUUUUAUGAUAGAGACUACUUGUAUAAUGUGGUUCUCAUUUGAACUAAUUGUCAGAUUUGUUGUUUGUCCAAGUACCUCUGAGUUCUUUCAGAACAUCAUGAAUAUAAUUGACAUUGUGUCUAUCAUUCCAUAUUUUGUAACUUUUAUCACUGAACUGGUCAAGCAGACAGAACCAAAUGGACAGCAAAACAUGUCAUUAGCUAUUCUACGGAUUGUUCGUCUGGUCAGGGUGUUUAGAAUCUUUAAGUUAUCUAGACACUCUAAGGGGCUUCAAAUUCUAGGGCAAACACUCAAAGCCAGUAUGAGAGAACUGGGAUUGUUAAUAUUUUUUCUCUUCAUUGGUGUAAUUCUUUUCUCUAGUGCUGUGUACUUUGCAGAGGUGGAUGAACCUAGAUCUCAGUUCAUUAGCAUCCCAGAUGGAUUUUGGUGGGCUGUGGUUACUAUGACAACAGUUGGUUAUGGAGAUAUGUGCCCUAUUACUUUGGGGGGAAAGGUUGUAGGUACUCUUUGUGCUAUUGCAGGGGUCUUAACCAUUGCCUUACCUGUCCCAGUGAUAGUAUCUAACUUCAAUUACUUCUAUCAUAGAGAAACUGAGAAUGAAGAGAGACAAAGUAUACCAGUUGAAAUGGAAAAGAUAAGUUUAACUAAUAUCACUCGUUCAGGAAGCACAUCUUCCCUAAAGAAAGACAAUGGUUCUUGUAUGUCAGAAAAAAAUGGCAGAAGCUAGACCAGGUAAAAGACGCUGUGUAUUGUCCCUGUACAUCUUGAAUUCUGUUUCAAUACAUUAAAGUCAGAUCUCUAUUUUGAAGUAAAGGGCUAAAAU